CCUGAACUCGAGCGAUCCUCCCACCUCGGCCUCCCAGAUACCUGGCUUUUAAAUGCCUUAAAAUGCUCAACAGAUGUUUGCUACAGGAAUGAAUGAUGUAUUCCAUGCUUGAAAUAAUGCAAGACAAACUCAAGCCUUCAGGCUUUCUUCCCAGGACUGGACGUAAAUCUUUAUGUGGGAUCCAGAUGAGGAAAACAAGGAGCAAAUGUGGCUAGCAAGACAUUCCUGAGUGGCACCAACCAGAUUAGUUUGGUUGUUUUCAAAUUUUUCUUUCAGAAACCACCAAACUGUUAAUGGUGAUGAUGUAGAGAUAUUUGGGAUCUGGGGUAAUUUUCGGGGUUCCCCCCACACUCGCUUUUCAGUGCUUUCUAAAUCGCCCGUGGAUCCCUGCAUUUCCAAAGCGGUGUUUCUGUUCUGUGGCCCCAGGUCCUUCCGGCGCGAGCGAGAGUCAGGCGCCGCGUCGGUCUCCAGCCUCCGCCGGGCAAGAGCUCGGAAAACGAGCAGACAGCCCCAAUGCCGGCACCGGACGUUUCAGCUCCAGGAGAGAAGAGCCAGAGCUCCAGCCGAUAGCUCAGCCGCGCAGCAGAGGACACCGCCCGGAGAGCUGGGCCAAUAGGACCUGACGACGCCGGAACCCGGUGCCUGGGGCGUCUGCGCGGCGGAGCCAAAUGGCCGCCGUACCACACCGCCGCGAUACCCGGCGGAGAGGAGGAAGUCGAUGGGACUGACGCGGCUGGGGGAACUUUGCCUCGAUGGCACUUUCCUGUCCGUGACUCCGCCCCCGCCAGAGGGGCUCGGCUCCGGGAUUCAAGAUGGAGUCGCUGAGUCGAGCUGGGCAGGAGAUGAGCCUGGCGGCCCUGAAGCAACAUGACCCCUACAUCACCAGCAUCGCAGACCUCACGGGCCAGGUCGCUCUGUACACCUUCUGCCCCAAGGCCAACCAGUGGGAGAAGACUGAUAUAGAAGGGACCUUAUUUGUAUAUCGAAGGUCAGCUUCACCUUACCAUGGUUUUACCAUUGUGAAUCGACUGAAUAUGCACAAUCUAGUUGAACCAGUGAAUAAAGAUUUGGAAUUUCAGCUCCACGAACCAUUUCUUCUUUAUAGAAAUGCAAGCUUGUCAAUAUACAGUAUCUGGUUUUAUGACAAGAAUGACUGUCACCGCAUAGCGAAACUCAUGGCUGAUGUGGUAGAAGAGGAGACACGGAGAUCCCAGCAAGCUGCUCGGGAUAAACAGAGUCCCAGCCAGGCUAACGGCUGCAGCGAUCACAGGCCCAUCGACAUCCUGGAGAUGCUGAGCAGAGCCAAGGAUGAAUACGAGAGGAAUCAGAUGGGUGACUCAAAUAUCUCCAGCCCUGGGUUACAGCCAAGCACUCAGCUCUCCAAUCUGGGAAGCACUGAGACACUAGAAGAGACGCCCUCCGGGUCACAAGAUAAGUCUGCUCCAUCUGGACACAAACAUCUGACUGUGGAAGAGUUAUUUGGAACCUCUUUGCCAAAGGAACAGCCAGUUGCAGGUCUGGAUUCAGAAGAAGUGGAGAGGCUGCCAGGAGAUGCCUCCCAGAAAGAGCCCAGCUCGUUCCUACCAUUUCCCUUUGAGCAGACAGGUGGAGCCCCUCAAUCAGAAAACCUGGGUGUCCUUUCUGCUGCCCACCACUCAGUCCAAGCUGAAGUCACCACCCCGGUGCUAAUCACUCCAGCCGCCAUCACACAAACUAGUGAAAAGCAUGCCCCAAGCUACACAAUCCCUUUGAGCCCUGUGCUCAGUCCCACUCUGCCAGGUGAAGCUCCUGCUGCACAGGUUCCCCCCAGCUUACCUCGAAACAGCACCAUGAUGCAAGCCGUGAAGACCACACCUAGACAGAGGUCUCCACUCCUGAACCAGCCAGUCCCUGAUCUAAGCCACCCCAGUCUGAUUGCCAGCCAGAGCCCCUUCAGGGCCCCAUUGAGCAUGACAAGCACAGCUGGCACAUCCCUCCCAAGUGUUGAUCUUCUCCAGAAACUCAGGUUGACCCCACAGCAUGACCAAAUACAGACACAGCCACUUGGGAAAGGUGCAGUGGUACCCAGCUUUUCUUCAGCAUCUGGCCAGCUGGCCACACCUGAGAGCUUCAUAGAGCCUCCCUGUAAGACAGCAGCAGCAAGAGCAGCGGCCUCAGCCUCCCUGAGCAACAUGGUGCUUGCUCCCUUUCAGUCUAUGCAGCAAAACCAGGAUCCUGAAGUAUUUGUCCAGCCUAAGGUGUUAUCCACUGCCAUCCCGGUUGCAGGCCCCUCACUGGUUACUACAGCGACCACCACGGUGUCUUCAGUCCUGCUGUCUCCAAGUGUUUUUCAGCAAACAUUCACGAGGUCCUCAGACCUUGAGAGGAAAGCAAGCUCCCCUUCUCCUCUAACUAUUGGAACACCAGAAAAGCAGAGGCAGCCUUCCAUUGUUCUCAGCAAGUCUCAGCUCCAGGACACAUUAAUACAUCUAAUAAAGAAUGAUUCCAGCUUCCUCAGUACACUUCAUGAAGUCUACUUGCAGGUUCUAACCAAGAAUAAAGACAACCACAAUCUAUGACUGGAGCAGAAUAAAUCUGAAGGCAGAGAGUGUCAACCUCAAAAACAAAUAGGCCUCAUCAUGGAAAUUUCUAAACAGAACGUUGAGUUUUGAGAAUCCUGAAAUCGAGCCUAUGAGAAAGAGACUCAUUCCAUAAGAAUGCUUUCCAAGUAACAUUCUCAGUGAUAAUGGAGGUUUCACUGUGAAGCAUCACCAGCAGACCCUUGUUUUGACAAAAAAAGAAAAGAUCAUUGUGUUGAGUUAUGUGAGUGUUUUCAUCAGCUAUAAGCAAGCAUGUGAAAUAAGGAGUCUUUUCAGCUUGCUUUCACUUUCAAGGACUUAGGGAGGAAUAGUCACCAGCUUUACUGCAGCCACAGCUCAGCCCAGCCCAUGCCCCGUCCCCUGGCCCUUCCCCCUAGAAACUUGGACAUUGGGCUGAUAGUUAAGUUCUGAACAGAGAAGUCAACUCUGCAAGUAGCUUUUGAAGAUCAGAGUUUUAAGGAUCAGAGUUUAAGUUGGUAAAUUAGGAAUUUGUUCAACUGAAGUAUAUUUCUUAUGAAUGCCCCAUUUGGGCCUUGAAAGUUCUGAAAUUUCUUAAUAGCAUUUUGUUUUUAAGUGUCCCCAGUCCUGCCUUACAGGGGCUCCCAGUGCAGCACUAACAUUUGAAUAGGGUGUUGGCAGGCUCUAGUGUGGGAGCAGGCAUGGCACCUUUGAAGCAAAGGUUGGGGCUGGUAACACCCAGAUCUUAUGAAAUCUUCAUUAUAAGUUAAACUCUCCAGUGAUUUUGAAAAUGUUUGUGUGUGAAGCACAGCUUUAUUUUCCUUUUCUGUCUAAACACAGUUAGAAGUCAUUGUUGAUUGUUUUCCUUAACACUUAGACAAAAGGACCAGUGAACCAUCUGUCUAGACCAUCCUGGUUCCAUUCCUUGAGUGUACCGAGAAUAGUUUUAAAGCCAUGCAGAAAAGAGAGCUGUUAUUCACACUGCCCUUAUUUUGUUGUAGAAUAUGGAGUUGAAAAGAAAGUAUGAGAUUCAGAACUUUACCAAUGUAUUCCUAGGCUGUGAGUAUUUUCCCAGCCCAAAGUGUGAAAAUAUGUAAAGAUGCUUUGUUAUGCUGCUAUUGAUCUGCCAUGAUUUGUAUUUAUUCUUUUAUGGCAUGUAAUGGUGUUUAGUAAUAUUUUAAUGUAGAUUUGAUUUAUUUCAGCAAUAGUAAUUUUAAGAUAUUCUUUGAAUGAAAGUGUCUUUCUUUCUAUAAUACAGGUCAUUUUGUAGUAUUUAACCAAUUAAGAUGCACUGCUUACUUUUCUGAGCACUAUUUAAUGAUGGGGUAAAAACCCAACUGGCUCAACCAGCUAGCAUAAGGAUUAGCUGUGAAUAAUGCUGACAGAUGUGAGGGUUCCUCGGGAACAAUCAUUUAAGCUUUAAUGGUAACUCAAUCAUAAGUCUAUAGAUUUUUUUUCUAGGUGAAAUUUUAGAAAAUUAUUUGUGAAUUAUAUACUUGUUUUAGUUGGUCUUAGUUUUUUAGCAUAAAGAAUACUUUGAUUGGCUUUUGUUAAUCUAAACAUGCUUCCUGGACAACAUUUCUGCUUCUCAAUUAAGUGUCUUCUAUUGCUGUCUACGUAGUUAUGUGUGAAUUGUGCAGAAUUCAGGGAAGCUUUUAAGUUUUCAUGCUCAAUUAGGAAUAGUUUGUUUUCAAAGAUAGUGUGUAAAUUCAGCAACCAAAAAUGAAUUGCUUGUGCAUAAUAUGGGAAAUAGAAAGUUAUAGUAAGAAACAGUGUCACUGACACUAGGAGAUGGUGUCCAGGGAGCCACGUGACGGUUCUCUUAAAUGGAUGUGCCAGUAGAUUUGACCACACCCCUAGUGUAGUCUCAGUGGGCUUUGGUAAAUGAUGAAUCAAGGGAUUUCUGUUAUAAUGGAAAUUUGAAUUUAAAUGAUGCUUUUGAGUAUGUGUAAUAUUAUGAGAGGUUUAAGAGAGAGUAUCCUAAAGAAGGUCUGUAGGCCAAUCUGUUAAUGCUCACCCUUUAAUGCUAGGAAUGAAUAUGAUAGUAAAGAGGAUCUAUGAUAAGGCUUCCCUAGUGUGAGAGUAAACUUUUAAGUGCCCAAGUCGUGGAGACUUGAAAAGAGUAAACCUGUUUCAACUCCCAAACUUAUAUAUUCAAAGCAUUUACUUAAAAUUCAGAAGCCAGAAGUUCACAGUCAUGAUUGCCAGUAAGUUCGGGCCAAAAUGAGUCCAUAGAGAAGCCAGGCCAAGCCUGGAUGGUUGCAAUUGGUUGACCCUGGCCGAAAAGUCACAGUUCAGUUGCCUUAUUCCUUGGUCAGGCUUACUAUCCAGAACCUCGUGCUAGUUUAGUUGCAUGUUUACAUUGCUGCAGCGUCUUUACUGGAACCAUAGUUGAAUCACAGUGGACACCAAGAUGGAGACGCUUCUUGCUAGAUUUUGCAGAACCCCAGGAGGCCUGCAUUGAAACCACCCUGUCCAUCUGUGUCCUGCCCCUGCCCCUGCCCCCAGGGUCCAAGUGCAGGCUCAGAGCUUGGAAGAGAGGAGUGUCUGGGGCGUCAGCGGUGGGUGGUGCUGCUCUUGUUGUAGUUAAUGUGAUGUCUUCAAAUGGACUCUCACACCUCCCAGACAGCCUGUUCCUCAAAGGCAGAAGCUCCUCUUCCUCAAGUGACUGUCAGUGUAGGGAGAAGCUUUUUUUUUUUUUUUUUU